UAUUGAAAUUAGAAAAAAAAGAAAAGAACUUUAUUGUGAAAACGGGUGAGGGAAAUAAUUUUACCAGCAGAGCAAUUGUUAUUGCCUCUGGGGCCGUGGAAAAAGAAUUGGGAAUUGAGGGUGAAAAAAAAUUCACUAAUUUGGGGGUUUCUUAUUGUGCCAUUUGCGAUGGGUUUCUUUUUCGGAACCAAGAAGUAGCAGUAGUGGGCGGCGGUUAUUCAGCUUUGGAAACGGCUUUGUAUAUGAGUAAUGUAGCAAAAAAGGUUUAUUUUAUUCACCGCCGCUCGGAAUUUCGGGCCGAGCCGGAAAUAGUAAUCCAGGCUCAAAACAAUCUAAAAAUAAUCUUUCUUUUGAAUUCCGUUUUGACCGAAAUUCAGGGGAGUGAAGCAGUAGAAAAAGUAUUAGUUAGUAAUUUAGCAAAUAAUGAAAAAAGCGAGUUAUUAGUUAAGGCGGUUUUUCCCUGUAUCGGCCUUGCUCCGUUCAGCAGUUUCGCUCAUGAAUUAGGUGUUUGCGACCAAGAAAAUUAUAUCGCCAUUAAAGAUGAUUGUUCGACAGCAGUUUCAGGUUUGUUUGCUGCCGGAGACGUAGCUCGCCCAACUCCCAACAAAAUCAAGCAAAUUGUGACGGCCGUUGCCGAGGGAGCCAUUGCCGCCCAAUCAGAUUUUGUUGUUUUAGAAAAUAUUUUUUCUAAAUUAAAAGGUAAAACAGUCUUAGUAAUUGACCAUCAUUAUGAGAUAUUUAAGUAUGUUGAUUAUAUUUACCAGUUCACUGGUGAGAAAUUAAUUCGCAUGAAUAAGAAAGAGUUUUUGGCAGACUUUGAUUUAACUUAUUUCGAAAAUUUUACCAAUUUGGAAUCUCUAAGUAUUACUGCCACAUCUUUUUCUGGUUCUCUAAAGCCUUUACAAAAAUUAUCUAAGUUAAAGGGAUUAUGUAUUGAAGGAACUGAUAUAAGCAGUGGAUUAGCGUUUUUGCCAAACAGCGUUGAUCAAUUGAGAUGCGAUAGUGUAACUUUUGCUAAUCCUAUUAAUUCUAAUCCUCAAGCCGCUAAAAUUAGAAAAUUACUUGUUCCUUAUGAAUACAACAUUAAAAAUUGGAGAAAAGACAAGGAAAUAUGGCAAAGAAAAGGAUUCAUAGAAAUAGGUAAUGAUUGGGAUAGAGAAUAUGUAGAAGCUGCCAAAACUGGCGAAGAUGAUCUAAUGAUGAUUGGUGGUUCUAGUGUACUAAUUGAACUUUUACGAGAAAGUAAUAAAUUAUUCGCCAAAGAUGGUUAUGGCGAACUUGAUUUAAAAAACUUUAUAAACUUAAAAAAAAUUAAUUGCCAAAAUAACCAAUUAACUAAUCUCCGUUUGAAAGAUUGGAAAAAUCUACUGGAGUUUAACUGUGCUAACAACAAAUUUGUUAAUUUAGAUUUUUUAAAUUCUGCCACUAACUUAGAGAAAUUAGAUAUACAAAAUACUCAGGAACUCUCUCACCAAGGUCUAAAAGUUUUCUCUCGAUUUAAAAAUUUAAAACACUUAAAUGUUAGCCAAUGUCCUUUUGGAGGAAGUUUAAAGCCUUUACAGAGCAUAAAUGAAUUAGAAACAUUAGAUAUUACUGGUACUGAUAUUAGCGAAGGUUUAGAAUACUUGCCGGAGAGUUGUGAAAAACUUUACUGUAAUAGUGAUGACGAAAAAUCAGUCAAAAUUAUAGAAAUAAUGGACAAGAGCAAUUGUGCAGAAUAUGAAGAUAAGGAUGGAAAGGAUGUUAAAUAUUACAAUCUCAAUAAAUGGAGAGCUGACCAAGCCAACAACGCUACUGCUUCCGCUAUUCCUCUUGAAAGACUCUUUGUCAUUCGUAGCAAUCUCCAACAACUCUUAAAAAAAUGGGGUAGCGAAGAUAAAGAUAAUAAGACUAAAUUGGAGAAACUAAGAUCCCCGGAACAGUUUGGUAAAUUUAAUUAUCUAACAGGAGUAGAAUAUGCUUCUACCGCUACCACAGUAGUAGGAGGUGCUUUAACUUUAUUAGAUUUUUCCACUACUGGGGGAGUGAUUACCUUAACGGCUCCUUUAAUUGAAGACUUCAAAAAGGAUGCGGAUGGUUUUUUAGAUAAUUAUAAUGCAUUAAGAGGGAUAAUGAAGCAAGUGGAGAUAGCCUUGAAAAAUUUGAAAAAAGCAGUUAACACAUUCCUAAAAGAAUAUGACAAAGACGGCAAUGGAGAAAUAGAUAUUGAGGAAUUAACUGACAAAAGAAAAAAAUUCGCUAAUGAAUUAGGCAAAGUAAAAGGCAUUAUUAAGGCUAUACAAAAUUUAGAAGAUAAAAUAAUCCAAAAAUUAUUUCUUAAUUCCAAAAAAAUUGCCUUCUUACUAAAAGGAAAAAAAAAUAAUCAAGUCUUAGUUGUUAAUAGCCAUUUGGUUGAAUACAAAGAAGAUGGAGAAAAGAAAGUUUCUGAUGUAGAAAUAGUCAAAAAUCCCUGCCAAAAAAUUCUUUCAGGUCAGAUAAGAGAAGGAGUCAAAGAGUUUAAUUCUCAGGGAGAAGCAAUUGAGAAAUAUUUAGAAAUAAUAGAAAUUAAAUUAGAUGAAGAACAACGGGAACAGAUCAGAGAAAGAGUUCAACAAGACAUUGAAGACGAGAAAAAUGAUAAAAUACCAGAAGAAGCGUCAAAAAAAAUCCAAGGAAGACUGAACAAAUUAUUAGAAAAAAAAUUAUUAGAGAAAGAGAAGAACGAAUUACAAAAAAGUGAUCGGACUGAGCAACAAAAAGAAAUUAAAAAAAGUAAAGGUAAAUCCAAAGAAGUCAUUUCGGAGUUAACUAACGACCAAAAAAUCCAAGGCUUCAAAUAUGAAGGAUAUGACAGUUAUCUCUGCCCUUAUCACGCUUCCCAAAUAGAGGAUAUGUUAAGAAGACAAAGACAGGAUAGAAAUAGACCCCAAGACGAAUAUGAACAAUAUCCUGGCUGUAUUUUUGGCAAAAGAAAUAAAAAAACGAAAGAAUGUAAUGAGAGUUUUGUCGCUUUUAUCCAAAAAAAUGUCAAUACUGCGGAAGAAGAAGAGGAAUUAGAGAGACUUAAUCAGAAAGCAAAAAAACAUGAUGAAGAAAUAAAAGAACUCGAAAAAGAUUUAAAAGAGACUGACCGGGAUGAAAUUGCUGAUUUAUCUUCUGAUAAAAAAAGACUUUGCUGUGAAUAUCAGAAAAAUAUCGAGGAAAAAGAAAGAAUUUUGAAAGAUAAGAAUAAUUAUUCUCCUUUUUCUAAUAAUAAUUCUUCUGAUACAUCAUGA